CAAAGCCGGGGGAAGCGAGAGCAAAAUCCGGGAUCGAGGGGGGGGAAGUUAGCGAGAGAAGGAAUGGCGCCAAUUUUUUCACCCUCCUCUUCCUCUCUCAACCCCUCCUCCCUUCUUCCGCCGGAUUUCAUUCCUCACACCGCCUCCGGUCUCCCCUCCGCCGCCUGCUACUCAGGCCGCCUCAUCUGGCGGCGGAGCAAAUACAAAAAUCAGAACUCAGCCAUUGGGCACUAUUCUUCGGAAGGACACGAACCCAUAUAUCUCGGUGGAGAGCUAUUGGGCUCAGGAAGAAGAGAGGCCUUGGUGGAGAUGACAGUUACCGCGUUCUAUUUCCCUGCCAUGGCUUCCGGUGCUGCUCCCCUCCAGAAAGGUCAAUCGAAAGGAGCGAUCUCAGCUUUGAAAAGGGCCGUGAUGGGAUCACCAUGUCAGCCUCAGCAGGUGCAUGUAUCCGUGGUGGGAAGAGAUCACAUGAGAGUCACAUGGAUAACAGUUGACAAGCAAGUGCCUUCCACCGUAGAAUAUGGAAAGGAACCGGGCAGAUACGAGGACAAGGCAACCGGGGAGCACACUUCAUAUAAGUUCAUGUCAUACACCUCUGGUAAGAUACACCAUGUGAAGAUUGGACCUUUAGAGCCCGACACCACUUACUACUACACAUGUGGCGGACACUCUGCUGAAUUCUCCUUGAAGACUCCUCCUGCAACUUUUCCAGUUGAAUUUGCGGUUGUUGGUGAUCUUGGCCGAACCUCCCGGACGAAAUUGAACUUGGAGCAUGUCAACAGAAGCAACUACGACGUGUUCUUGCUGCCAGGGGACUUAUCCUACGCGGACUGCGACCAACCAUCGUGGGACAAAUUUGGUCGUUUAGUGGAGCCAUUAGCCAGCAGUCGUCCGUGGAUGGUGACGGAAGGAAACCACGAGAUGGAGUGCAUAUUUGUGCGGGGCUCCAACGAUUUCAAGGCCUACAACGCCAGAUGGCGGAUGCCAUACGAAGAAAGCGGCUCGCCCUCAAACUUGUACUACUCGUUCGAUGUUGCAGGUGCCCACGUCGUCAUGCUAGGUUCUUAUGCCGAGUUCAUGCCCCGCUCGGCCCAGCACAGGUGGCUGAUAAACGACUUGGCGAGAGUAGACAGGAAGAGAACGCCGUGGCUCAUAGUUUGUUUGCACGAUCCGUGGUACAACACUAACUAUGCGCAUUCGGGGGAAGGAGAAGACAUGAGGAAGGCCAUGGAAGGGUUGUUGUACAAGGCAAGAGUGGAUGUCGUUUUCGCAGGCCACGUUCAUGCGUAUGAAAGAUUCACACGGGUUUAUAACAACAAUGCAGACCCGCGUGGGCCGGUGUAUAUAACCAUCGGUACUGGGGGAAACCAUGAAGGGCUUGAACUAAACUUCAAGACUCCUGGUUCCCGGCUGUCCUUGUACAGGGAAGCACAACAUGGACAUGGAAGAUUGAGGAUUGUGGACGAGAGACGAGCACACUGGUCGUGGCACCGGAUCAACGACUCCGAGGAACAACCGGCAGAUGAAGUGUGGUUGGAUAACUUGGCAUCAUGAUCUAAGUCUGGAUGAAGUUUAAUUAGCCACCCUUUUCCCGCGUAUACACUGAGGUCAAGCUUCUUUGGAGGUACCAAAGCACAACCCACAGAGAGGAAGAUAAACAGAAACGGAAUCUAGCUACUAUUCAUUAUUAUUGCACCACACCACAAGUUACUUUUUGAUCACUUCUCGUUAGUCCCAAAUAUGGAAUUCCAUGCAUCAACUGACUUUGAGCUAGUUCCACUCCCUCCUAGAGUCUUCUUCACUCCCCACAACGGUUCUGCAUCAGAUCCCCAACAGGUGCACAUAUCAAUCGCGGGGAUAGAUCACAUCCGAAUCACCUGGCUAACCGACGACAAAACAGUCCCUUCCGCCGUCGAAUAUAGCACCGAACCGGGAAAUUACAUCUUCAAGGUGGCCGGCGGAGACAAGAGUUCGUAUCAGUUCUUAACCUAUACCUCAGGUUUCAUCCACCAUGUCAGGAUUGGACCUUUGGAACCCAACACCACUUAUUACUACAGAUGCGGCGGCCACGGCCCAGAAUUCUCCUUCAAAACCCCUCCCUCAACCUUCCCCCUCAAAAUCGCCGUCGUUGGGGAUAUGGGUCAGACAGACUGGACAAAAUCAACACUACAAGGGCUAGAAAGCAAAGACUACGACUUGCUGCUGCUACCGGGGGAUUUAUCCUACGCCAACAGCACGCAGCCUCUGUGGGACUCGUUCGGCCGGCUGGUGGAGCCACUGGCCAGCCGGCGUCCGUGGAUGACGACGGAAGGAAAUCACGAGAAGGAGAGCUAUCUGGUCGGCGAGGCAGAGUCCUUCAAGGCAUACAAUGCCCGGUGGCUAAUGCCACACAAGCAGAGUGCGUCCACCUCCAACCUCUACUACUCGUUCGACGUCGCAGGAGCCCACGUCAUGAUGCUCAGCUCCUCCACCGAAUUCAGAUCCGGGUCGGACCAGUAUGCCUGGCUGGUGACCGACUUGGCCCGAAUCGACAGAACAAUGACGCCGUGGGUUUUCGUAUCGUUGCACACGCCGUGGUACAAUACCAACGAUGGGCGUCAAGGGGACGGGGAAGGGAUGAGAGCAGCCAUGGAAGAGCUGCUUUAUGAGGCUAGAGUGGAUGUUGUCUUCGCUGGUCAUAUUCAUGCCUACGAAAGAUUCACUAGGAUUUAUGACAACAAGGCUAACUCGUUGGGUCCAGUCUACAUCACUAUCGGGACUGGCGGGUGCCAUAGUGGAGUUUACUCACAGUAAGCAGUGCUAUUAUUCUCAUUAACUAUUUUCAGUGAAACUAAUUGGGUAGUAACAAAUUUAAACGGUGUGAUUGCUGGAUGUGAAAAUAAAUGAAGGUUUAUGAAGCCAACUCCAGCGUUAUCGUUGUGUCGAGAUGCAAGGUUUGGACAUGGGCGGCUGAGGAUAUUGGAUGAGAAACGAGCCCAUUGGUCAUGGCAUCCCAACGACUCGGAUGUCGCUGAGGACGAGGUGUGGUUGACGUGUUUAAGCGCAGCUCGAGAUGAUUAGUGGUAAUGCGGGAUCGAUGAAUCUCAGCUGUUUGGUUUGCUUACUACUGUGAGCCGAAUUGCAGUAGUAAGUAACAAUGGGGAUCAGCUGAAUAUGCAAAUCCUAAUUGCAACUGGAUUACAUGAGGAAGAAGAAGUCUUAGU